CUGAAACGAAUGCGUCCGGCCGGCCGGGCAGGUGUAUGCGUGUCCGGGAAACCACUGUCUUAGGAGCCAGCUGAUCCGAUCCCUUAGCUAUACACUGUCUGGAUGUCUGUGGUUGUUUGCGUCAGACAUGCAGACACACAUCUCAUCUCAUGUGUGUCCGUUCACCCUCACACCCUCUCGCUAUUUCGGCUGGCUGCUUAGCUAGCUUGUGCACUCUACUCCCACCCCGGUUGGCCGUGCCGGGCCUUAUGGCUAGGACGAGGUGGCAGCGAUGAAGAGACAGGCGGCGGCUGCCGACGACCCCACCAUGCGGGUUCGGGCAACUAGAUCUACUAUGCGCUGCACAUAGUCCACCGGCACACCCACGUUCGAUGGAUCGUACCUGACGAGACGACACCACACGACAAACACGACACACACAUCUCCUUAAUAAUUGUGGGUUGGUUGGGACGAGAUCGUAUCGUAUACUGCCCACUUGAAGAAUCCAUUGGCCCAAGACAAGUCGUCCCCCAUCGACAUGGCCACGCCCUUGGUGACCGUCACAGUGGCACCAGACACCUCAAUCGCCAUCAGCUGACGGCAGGACAGGACAGGAGAGGACAGGCACACGAUGAGGAAACACGAAACAGAGUUUCAUCGGCUCGCUCCCUUGACUCUUGCCGUCCCUGGUCGCCUCACUCACUCACCGUAUCGUCCUUGGCGUCGCCUGUCUUGAGCAGUGGCUUGAUGGCGUCGAGCCGCGCCUCCUGCAGAGCCUUGUCAGCCUUGGCCCUCCUGAUCAUACUGGUGAGCUCCACAGAGAGGGCCUCAGGGUCUCUCUGCUGGUGGGAAAGCUGGGGGGCGGGUGGCGGUGGGUGGGGGUGGCCCUGUGUCUGUGUGGGGGGAGGCGGUCCGAUGGGCCCGGGAUACCAGUUGGUGGCCGGAUCCCACAGCAACAGCCGUGCCCAAUACCUGACACACAGGUCGAGUCGAGUCGAUGCACCCAGCACAGCACAACACAACACAAGGCGACACAGAGAGAGGAGCCGUUGUCGUUGGGUUCUGUGUGGUGCAUUGCAUUCGCUCUCACCAAUAUGGAGCGUCGUUCUCUCUGGACGGAGGCAGCGCCACCUUGUCGGUCUGCUCGGCCACGUAGAGCCCCAGCUGGCCAUCUAGCCUGACAGAUAGAUAAAAGAUAUAUACAUCCAGGCGGCACGAUCACCAUUAGACACACAGCCAGAGCCAAAGCCGCAGUGUUCCUCCUCCCUCUCCUCUCACCAUUUGAACACUGGGGGAUAUAUUUGGAGGAAAAUCCUCCCGUGUUGAUCCCGGAGAAAGGCCUGGUCAAAUCGGCCAGAAAAGAGCAGCGCCAUGACAGACCCCUUGGCCGCGCAGAGGGUGGACCGCCGGGCCCGGAAAAACUCUCCGCUGAGGCUGAACUCCAAUAUCUCCCUCAUGCACUCCGCCUGGCACAACACAACACAUGAAGUGAAGAUGGACCCAAAGGUUCCCUUGCCCUGUUCUGCCUUCCUGUGUGAGCCCGUCGCCAUACCGAAGGCUCCGUCAAAUCGCCAGUGCCGCCCAUCGCUUGCUCUUUCGCAAUCAGCUCAUCCUUGAUCUCCCGCAGCCUCUCCUUCACCACAUCGCACUGCUCCAUGCUCACAUCGAGAUGGUCACCACGCUCACCACUGGCAGGACAGUCACUGACAGGCGGCUGCUUGGGCGUGCCGCCUUCGUUGGCUGCAUCACCAGGAGGAGGACCACUCGAGCUGGAGCUCAUGGCGCAACCCCUCCUACCUCCUUCGACCUUCAUGAGGGUCCCCGGCUGGUUUCUGCCUUCAUCGCAGCUUUUGCGAGUUUGGUGC